CUAAACCAUGGGAGGUUUGCAGAGAUAUUGCCUGUCUGAAGAAAUUGGAUUUAACAACACGAGCUUUUUAGAACGGGGUGCACUUCAAUCUUGAUAAUGAAGAAAAGCAGAAGUGUCAUGACAGUAACUGCAGAUGAGAACUCUCUGGAUUACCUGGAGUGUGGGCUGAGUAAGUCCUACAGCACUUCCACCCACGCUCUGGGCAUUGACCUGUGGAGAGGGAGAAGAUGCUGCUCUGGUAAUUUGCAGUUACCACCAUUGUCCCAGAGACAGACAGAGAAGGCCAGGACACCUGACAGAGACAUUGUCUGUAGACCGACAACUCUGCCUCUGCUGACACCUCCAAGUAUUGCAAUCACCACCUACCAAGACUGCUUCGAUGUGGAAAAUGGCCCGUCCCCAGGUCGCAGCCCGCUGGACCCGCAGGCCAGCUCCUCGUCAGGACUCGUAUUGCACACGACAUUCCCAGGCCACAGCCAGCGCCGGGAGUCGUUCCUGUACAGAUCCGACAGCGACUACGACUUAUCACCAAAGACCAUGUCCAGGAACUCUUCUCUCCCAAGUGAACAGCACGGCGACGACCUGAUUGUCACACCUUUCGCCCAGGUGCUGGCCAGCCUAAGAAGCGUGAGGAACAACUUCACGCUCCUCACCAAUUUACACGGCACCUCCAACAAGAGAUCUCCAGCCACCAGUCAGCCACCUGUGUCCAGGGUUAACCUGCAAGGGGACAUGUAGAGUCCUGGAGACUUCCAGAUUAGGUUCCACCAAACUUGUUAAUGGGAUGUGGAAACCUCUGAUGUAGAAACAGAACUGGACAACAUGAUCUUAAACUUCUCCUUCACUCCCUGUCUGUGAACAGUGUGGAGUCAGAACUAGCAGGAAUGCAAUUUAUCACCUUAUUUGAAGUUGCUUUUAGCAAGACUUUGAUUU